AUGGGGCCUCCAGGCAAUAGGGGAUCAUGGGGCCCCUAUGUCCUCGCCCACACUCAAACUACACCCAAAAAAGCCUAUGAAAGGUACCAGGGGCAUCUCAUGGGGCCCCCUACUGACCCUGGGCCCUCGGGCAGUGCCUGAGUUUCCAAAUGGUCAGUCCGCCCCUGGUUGCAGUAGUGCAUUUGCGUUUAAUGUGCUGUCUUUGUAUGCUAAUGUGUUUUAAGUAAUGCCCUGUAGACACAUUUAGAAUAUCGGACAAAUGAGCG